UAAGCCCGAGAUUUAUUUCAGCGCGGGGAAUGAUUUACGGUAUAAAAAGACACAGCGACAGAGACGGUUUCUCACCGGGGAGGCUCAGUAAUUUCAGGGGGCAGGAGAAAAGUUUGACAACCUUGCUCUUGGCUGGUGUCAGUUCUGCGUUCUGCUACACUUCUUAGCAGAGGGCAAUUGAAUGCACUCAAAGUUAAAUCGUGGCGCAAGUGAGGAUCCACCCAAAUUUACUUCCCCGGUCAUUAAUGAGAGUCUGUAACAAGAAGCGGUUGGGAAAGUGGACCGACGUCCAAAAUGUGCAGGAAAAGGUGAAUUUACAAGACGCAAGAGUGGACGUGCCACCAGCGAAUCGGAAAAUGGGCAUGCUAAGCGUGGACCUGUUGGUGACUUUGCAGAUACUGCCGUUUUUUUUUUCAAACUGUCUGUUUUUCGUCUUGUACGACUCGGUGUUGCUAGUGAAACGUGUAGUUUCACUUCUCAGUUGUUCGGGGUCGGCAGCCGGCGAGUGGCAGCGCAUGUUAACCUCAGCCGGCGUGCGCUCUAUAUGGAACAGCUUUCUGCUGGAUGCCUACAAGCAGGUCAAGCUUGGCAGCGAGGCGCCCAACUCAAAGGUGGUAAAGGUCAAUGGCAUGAACAGCAGAUGCCGCAGCGUUGACAGCGAACCUGAGGACGAGUGCCACCUCCUCGACUUCGAGUCGUCCGACCGUCCCUUGGUGGUCAACUUUGGCUCGGCCACCUGACCCCCCUUCUUAAGCCAACUGCCAAUUUUCCGGCGGCUGGUUGAAGAGUUCUCCGACGUGGCGGACUUCCUGCUCGUCUACAUCGACGAGGCCCACCCCUCUGACGGCUGGGCCGCCCCACCCAUGUCCCCCUACUCGUUUGAAGUGAGGAAGCACCGCAGCCUGGAGGAGCGCGUCCUGGCUGCCAAGCAGCUCCUCCAGCACUUUGCCCUGCCCCCGCAAUGCCAGCUCGUAGCCGACUGCAUGAACAACAACGCAAACGUGGCGUAUGGCGUGUCUUACGAGAGGGUGUGCAUUGUCCAGCAGAAAAAAAUUGCCUACCUUGGGGGAAAAGGUCCAUUUUUCUACAACCUGAAAGAAGUUAGGCUCUGGCUUGAACAAAGUUAUGGGAGGCGAUAAUUUCCAGUGAAGAGAGAGAGAGAGAGAGAGAGAGUGAAAGAGAAAGAGAGAGAGAAAGAGAGAGAGAGAGUUGAGCAUCACCUUCCUUAAAAAGAGAGUAAUUUAUUUUUGUACAGGGGUGAAAAAAGGGAGGUGUGAUGCGUUGAACUGCUUGGUGACCUUAGUGAAGCCAAGUUGAACGUAACAUCCAGCAACAACCAACAGUUCGACAGAGGAAACCAGACACUCUCCACAACCUUCGAAUGGCAUGGAUUGUGUUGUAAAUGGACAAAGUCCAGGCUGGACAUAGCAAACUCAAAGUGUACUUCUAAUGCACUAUCAAUAACUAUUCAACAUAACAUUCACUAUUAAUGAAGUCUUUCAGAAAAUAUUCAGUCAAAUCUCAACGCUACAGUAUGUCACACACAAAUUACCCUUUCAAAAGAAAACCAAAUUGCUGAAUAGAGAAAAAAGCACAAGUACCCAGCUUUUAUACAAAAAAAGAGAGAAAUUAAUUUAUUUUAUUGAGUUGUAAUGUUUGUCGUUUUUACUCCAUCGUAAUAUAUGCCCAAAUUGUAUGUGUAUGCACUUGCAAAGCUUUUGUUGAAGGUGACAAUCUGUUACGUCAAUUUUGCGUUCAAAUGUACUCACACGAACGUCCCCAGCGUUGAUUAACUCCAGUACUCUAUUCCAUUGUCUCUUGUCAGCACGUGCCCAGUAUAAUCACCAGAAAGCCUCAUGCCUGAGUCAUACAUACUAAAGCAUCAUGCCUGAGUCAUACAUACUAAAGUAAGCUUAAAGCGCUAGAUCCAACAGUAGACAGUUAUCUAUCACACUGGCAGAAAACUUGCUUCUCGCAUUCAUUCAGUUAUUCAUUCAUUCAUUCUUUUGACUCAUAAUUUAAUCUGAAGGUUAAAUAGCUGCAACGCAUAGCUGCUGGGAUUUUAGAGAGGAUAGUGGUCAGUGUUGGUGAUGAAGUGGUGAUGUACAUGAACAAAUAUUGUUGGAAAAAGCCAUGGUUAUGGAUCUUUGACCCUAGGAAGAGCCACUGAAGUGAGGACUAGCCUGGUGGGGUUGGGAUACUGCACACAGGAUCAAAUUGACUUGUUUCAGGAAGUUUGACGAAAGAAAGUGUUUUAGUAAGUCAUGUGGAUGAUCAUUUGCAUUUUACUAUCCAAAAUCACUUCCAUGGUCAGAAGUCCAUCUGGCAGAAUGCAGACACUGGUCUGGUGUCAAGACGGACUCGGUGUACGAAUGAAAAUCAUUGACGAAAGGGUUUACCUCCCUGUCUCUGGUUGGAUGUAAAACUACACCGAUCUGACUAGACACGAAACCAUGUGCCUGUUUAAGAGUUCAUACCAGUGCUCAAGCUCUGCUCUAGCUCCAGGUGUAUUACAUAUGCUUGUUUCCAUUUCCAUGUAGUGCUGCUUUUACCACUGAGAGAAAAAGGAGGGGGGGGGGGAAUAAAGUUGAAAUUCUGCUACUGAA